GCCCAGGGUCGCGGCUGCAGAGGAGCCGGUCCGCGGCGGGCGGCAGCGAGGGUGUGCGGUCCCCUCGACGCGCGGUGCCGCACGCGUGCUGCGGAGAGGCUCGGCCCGGGGCGAGCGCGCGGACGGACUGGUGGGCCGAUCCGGAGGCGGCAGCGGAGCCGGGCUCUGCGCGGCGCGGCGCGGCGCGGCGGCACACGGCGGGAGCCGGGAAGCCCCAGAGCUCCGCGGCCGGUGCCUCCGGGCCCCCGGGACGCGGCGCGGCGGGGGUGCGAGCUCCUCCUCCGCGGCCAGCAGUCCCGCGUCCCCUCGGUCGCCCGCACCUGCGCGUCGCGGUCGGUCCCGCCCUCGGCGGCCGCGGCUCACCUGGGCGCAGCGCGGGCCGGGCGCCGCCUCCGGGACGCAGGUGGAGCGGGCAGGGCGCGGGCACCAUGAGCAGCACCGCCAACAUCACCUAUGCCAGCCGCAAGCGGCGCAAGCCGGUGCAGAAAACAGUAAAGCCAGUUCCUGCUGAAGGAAUCAAGUCCAAUCCUUCUAAGCGACACAGAGACCGGCUGAACACAGAGUUGGACCGCCUGGCCAGCCUGCUGCCCUUCCCACAAGAUGUUAUUAAUAAGCUGGACAAACUCUCAGUUCUUAGGCUCAGCGUCAGCUACCUGAGGGCCAAGAGCUUCUUUGAUGUUGCAUUAAAAUCCUCCCCUGCUGACAGGAAUGGAGGCCAAGAUCAGUGUCGAGCACAAUUCAGAGAUGGGCUGGACUUGCCAGAAGGAGAGUUCUUAUUACAGGCACUGAAUGGCUUUGUACUGGUUGUUACCGCAGACGCCUUGGUCUUCUACGCGUCGUCGACUAUCCAAGACUACCUGGGCUUUCAGCAAUCUGAUGUCAUACAUCAGAGCGUCUAUGAGCUUAUCCAUACAGAAGACCGAGCUGAAUUCCAGCGCCAGCUUCACUGGCCUCUAAAUCCCGCACAGUGCACAGACUCUGCACAAGGAGUGGAUGAAGCUCAUGGCCCCCCACAACCUCCGGCAGUCUAUUUCAAGGCAGACCAGCUUCCUCCAGAGAACGUUUCUUUCAUGGAGAGGUGCUUUGUGUGCCGCCUGAGGUGUCUCCUGGAUAAUUCAUCUGGUUUUCUGGCAAUGAAUUUCCAAGGAAGGCUGAAGUAUCUCCAUGGACAGAACAAGAAGGGGAAGGAUGGCGCCCUGCUUCCCCCACAGCUGGCUUUGUUUGCAAUAGCCACCCCGCUUCAGCCACCAUCCAUACUGGAGAUUCGAACCAAAAACUUCAUCUUCAGGACCAAACACAAACUGGACUUCACACCUAUUGGUUGUGAUGCCAAAGGACAGCUUGUUCUGGGCUACACAGAAGUAGAGCUGUGCACAAAAGGCUCGGGAUACCAGUUCAUUCAUGCUGCUGACAUGCUUUACUGCGCAGAAUCCCACAUCAGAAUGAUUAAGACUGGAGAAAGUGGCAUGACAGUUUUCAGACUUCUUGCAAAGCACAGUCGAUGGAGGUGGGUCCAGUCCAAUGCACGCUUGAUUUACAGAAAUGGAAGACCAGAUUACAUCAUCGCAACUCAGAGACCGCUAACGGAGGAAGAAGGAAGAGAACACUUACAGAAGCGAAGGAUGACACUGCCAUUCAUGUUUGCUACUGGAGAGGCUGUACUGUAUGAGCUCUCCAGCCCCUUCCCUCCCAUGAAGGAGGCCUUACCAACCCAGAUCAAAAGCAGUGCUAGUGGAAAAGACUGGGCUCCCCAGUCAACCCCAAGUAAGGAUUCUCUCCACCCCAGUUCCCUGAUGAAUGCCAUGAUCCCACAGGAUGAGUCCAUCUAUCUCUGUCCUGCUUCAGGUCCUGCACCGUUAGACAGCCAUUUCCUCACAGACUCUGCAAAUGAAUGCAGUGGUUGGCAAGACAGCAUUGCACCGAUAGGGAGUGAGACUGUGUGGAAACAUGAGCAGCUUGCACAUGCUCAGGACAUGAACCUUGCCCUCUCUGGAGGCCCCCCGGGGUUCUUUCCAGACAAUAAAAACAAUGACUUGUACAGCAUCAUGAGAAACCUAGGGGUUGAUUUUGAUGAUAUCAGACGCAUGCGGAGUGAGGAGUUCUUCAGGACUGACCUGUCUGGUGAGGUUGACUUCAGAGACAUCGACAUAACAGAUGAAAUCCUGACAUAUGUGCAAGAUUCUCUAAACAAGUCGACCUUGCUAAAUUCAGCCAGCCAGCAGCAGCCUGUGACUCAGCACCUAAGCUGUAUGCUGCAGGAACGCCUGCAUUUAGAGCAGCAGCAGCUACAGCAGCACCAAACUCAGGCAGUGGAGCCCCAGCAUCAGCUGGCUCAGAUGGAGCCCCAGCAACAGAUAUGUCCUCAGAUGGAGCCCCAGCAACAGAUAUGUCCUCAGAUGGAGCCCCAGCAACAAAUAUGUCCUCAGAUGGAGCUCCAGCAUCAGCUGUGUCCUCAGAUGGAGCCCCAGCAACAGAUGAUAUGUCCUCAGAUGGAGCCCCAGCAACAGAUAUGUCCUCAGAUGGAGCCCCAGCAUCAGCUGGGUCAGAUGGAGCUACCCCAGCAAGAGCUGGGUCAGAAAAUGAAGCAUAUGCAAGUCAAUGACAUGUUUGCAAGUUGGAACCCCACCCCUCCUGUGCCUUUCAACUGUCCUCAGCAGGAACUAAAACAUUACAAUGCCUUUUCAGACUUACAGGGCACUGUUCAGGAGUUCCCCUACAAGUCUGAGGUGGACAGCAUGCCUUACACACAGAACUUUGCUCCCUGUAAUCAGUCUGUGCUACCACAACACUCUAAGUGUGCACAGUUGGACUUUCCUGGAAAGCAUUUUGAGCCGCCCCUGCACCCCACUACUUCUAAUUUAGAAGAUUUUGUCACUUGUUUACAAGUUCCUGAAAACCAAAGACAUGGGAUAAAUGCACAGUCAGCCAUAGUCCCUCCUCAGGCAUACUAUGCUGGGGCCAUGUCCAUGUACCAGUGCCAGCCAGGGCCUCAGCCCACCUCUGUGAACCAGAUGCAGUACAGCCCUGCAGUUCCAGGCUCCCAGGCUUUUCCAAACAAGUUUCAAAAUCGGGGAGUGUUCAAUGACACCUAUUCGUCUGAAUUAAACAGCGUGGGUCACACGCAGACGGCUGCUCAUCUUCAUCAUCCGGCAGAAGCCAGGUCUUUUCCUGAUAGCACACCCAGUGGGUUCCUGUAGCUUCAAGCCAGGAUGAAAUUCUUUCAGGAACUGUCAAUGCUGGGCAUCAGCACUGUUUUUCCAAACCAGAUUCGAAUCUCUGUGCUUGGAAAAGGAGUUUACAAACAUAUUGUAGUCACCUAUAGAAUGGGAAGCUCCCUGGGAGCGCAGGGAGAGACCACAUGCAUUGACAUGGCUUCCGCACCUUGGGUGCACAGUGCUCACGGCAGAGAGCUUGAGGACUCUGCAAAGCUGCAUUCCUCUGCUCAGUGACUUCAGCCCGAAAAACAGUGAAGUACUUUGAGCUUUGAACUUCAGGAUUCUUGUUAGUAUACCAAAUACAGAGUUACAAGACUAAUUAAUUUCCUAUAUUUUUAACUUGUUUUUGUCUCAGAUGUUAAAAUAAAUGGUUUGGUGCUUUUAUCAAAAGAAAAAUCUCAAUGUGUUCCUUCUGCACUGUUAAUAUAAGUGCCUCACAUCCUUUUCUGUCUACCUUUAUCUUUUUUGAAUUAAUAUUCUUUCUGCACACAGUUAUUACUGGAAUAUCCUAAAUCCCAUCGUUUUUGUUCAUUCAGGCAUGUUUUUACUGCACUACUUGCCCUUGUCCUUCAGAUAAAGGGCAAUGAUGACUGAGAGAUAACUAUUUAUUAUGUAAUAUACUUGCUCUGGACUUUGGAUGUUCCUCUGUGCCUUAUGUGGAAAAUUUUCAAAAUAACCUGUUACUAAAAUUAUUUAAUUAUUACAUAAAUAUGAAGACAGUAGCACGUACAUUUUAACAGUGUUUUCUGAGAAGUGGCGUUCUGCGAAUACCACUGUUUGCUUUCUCCAACACCUCUAUAUUGAUAAUGGGACACCACCGUGGAAAGGACUCCAGGCAGCCGCGUCCUCCAGCUGCAGGGAAGGGAAGAGGAGUUUGCCUAGCUCUGUAGUGAUUAAGCAAAGCACUCAUUCCAUUGUGUAUAAAUUGUCUUUAAAAGCUAUGUUGGGUCUGCAAUCCUUUUUGUUAUAAAUUUCACUUCUUAUACUAGUGGAAGCUAUUAGUUUUUCUCAUAUUUGAGGAGUGUUAAGAUUAAAGAUGCCAUGUUUGGUGCAAGAUGUUUUAAUGAAUGAAAUGAAAGGUGCAUUGCAUAAAUGUAACGAACAAAAUAAUCUGUAAAAUAUUUUCAGUUUUCAUUUAAGACUAGUCCUUACCUCAUAUGCAUAUUUUUUCAAUGUAUCUUGUUAAGAAAUCAAAUAAUGAGUUGAGGCUUUUGAGCUGGUGUUGGUUCCCAAGCUGUAGGUCUUGACCUCUUUGGGGGUCAAACAACCCUUUCACAGGAGGCACCAAAGAUCAUCAG